UUCAUUGUUGAGAAACAGUACGUAAACAGAGUGUGAAAAGCGGUGUGAGGAAGAAUGUGGUACUAUGAGUGCGAAGUUCCUAGACUUCAGGCAGAAAGCUCUGCAAUUACUCUGAGGUAUGAGGCAAAGGACGACAACGGAGUGAACGGUCAUGUCCCACAUAAUAAACGGACCACCUCUUUUUUUGGUGCCGGGAGACGCUGCAAUGUCUGUAAAGAUAAAAAAUAUGAGAAGGAAAGAAAUAGAAGAUGGCUGGAAAAUAUAACAUGGAGUGGAAUGAUAUCAGGUUCACGAUUUGCACCUUAUGUGUCACCAUACGCACAAGUAGGCAGGAGGACUGCUCCUUCUGCUUCAAAAUUAAGAACACAAAUUUUCAUGAAGGAUUAUAAGAAUCGGCUGAAUCACAUGGAAACAGAGUUCCUAAUCAAAAAGAAGCAGUUUUUUUCAAUGAAAAUCCAGUUUCUUAUAAAACAGAAAAAACUCAUAAAAUUGCAUACAAGCCUUGUUGAACUGCAUGACCAGAUAAUGAAAUUAGGUGGAACAGAUUUAGAAGUAGGCGAUAUUAAAAUAGUUGCCUUCUCCCACACUCAACACAACAAGAAAACAGAUGAAGUCAACCCGAAUCCUGGUGUCAGCACAGUUAAGGGUCAUAACCUCCUUGGAAAUCAGGACAUAAAUCUGACUGGGGAACCGCAGUCAAUCACAGAGGAACUGAAGAGUAAGCAGGAUAAGGACAGGGACUUGGAAGAGGGUUUAGAGAAUGCGCACGAAUUAAGUGAAUCAGAGCAAAACUUGUCUGCAAGAAAAUUGGAAAUUGCACAGCUUCCAUCUCAGGUCGAAGUACCAGAAGGACAACUAACAAAUGAAAAAAAUUCAAAUCACCUCAAGGGAGAGGAAGAAGUGACAGAACUGAAGGAGGAAAACGAAAAAUCUGAAUUGAGCCAAUUUCAUAAUGCUCUAAAUGAUGAGAAAGAGAAGCAUUGCAGAAAUAACUUCGUGGCCGACAACAGUGGUCUCCUUCAGCAGACGCAAGUCAGAGAGCUUCAGCAACAGGCACAGAAAGAUGUUCCAACAGAAGUGGAUGAAACCAGAGAUUUAUCCUCAGUGGGUAAAGAAAGGAAGAGACUUUGGACUGAUGUGUUCAGGAUUAGAAAGUGGAAAAUAUGGAGAAGGAAGAACAAUGUUUCCUAGCACUCUUCAACAGACAGUGAAUUAGUCGCUAAUAAAUCGCAGGUGUAACUUCUGUUCAAACAGGGUUGGCACAGAUACUUCCAAGACCAGUGGAUGUUUAAAUCUAUAGAAUGUUGUGAUCUGUGUUUGUAUAAUUUUAUAGUAAUAUCUCAGUGCAGCUUACUGCCGCCAUGAUCAGGGCGUUAAGUAAGCUGUGGAUGAAAAAUUGGGUUCAGAUGCGGGAAUUAGUUGAGCAGGUCAAGGCUGUCCUCAUGACCACAUAGAGGGACUUGAAAGUAAGGACGAAUUCUACUGAAUUCUUCCACUGGUAGGUAACUGAUGACCUUCUGCUCAGUAGUGUGUAGAAGGCUGUCAGUUCUCUGUCAGAAGCAGCAGCCCUUGUUGGAAUUCUGAAGAGCCACCAUUAAACACAGCAUUUACGUGCCCAAAGCAAAGGAUUCUACAUUGUCAGACCUGUUCCCAUAACUCAACCAUUUAGCAUCCUGUGGAUAGAGACAGUAAGCACCUACGAAACAUCAGUGAAGUAAUGCCAGACUUCAUGGUGCAGCAUCCCAGCAACCAGUCAUCUAACUCAGUGGUUCCCAAUGUUUUCCUAUUUGCACGUAAGCAAAGAUGCAUGACGGUUUGUAACAACCACAACCAUCUCUACGUCAUAUUGUACAAAGCAAAUAAUGAUCAAAAUAAUAAAAUUAUUGUAAGCGUAA